UCGUCAUGUCGUUUCUGAAGGGAGUUGCCGGGUAAACAAAGUUUGACAAGCUUGACAUAAAACAAAACAAGCGCGUCGCGCUGCUCUUGCCUCCGAAAGAGCUUUUUGGUAAAAUCUUUCUCAAUUUCACAUAAAACUAGCGCUAUGUCCGACGAGGAAGUCAUCAAACGCCGGUUGCAAAUCGAUGGCGAUGGAACCGGUGACGAUAGACGCCUGAACGAUUUGCUGAAAACGUUCAUCAAAUGGUGCAAUUCAAACGAGGCAUCCGAUAACAGCCAAGCAAUAUACGACCGCUUGCUGGCCCAGCUUGCCCAGUGCGAGUUCGACAUGAAGAAAUCCGAUUUCUACGCCAGCGUUAUGCAGCAGGAGGUGAAAAACUAUGCCACCAUCUCGGACACGAUAGAGUCGGGCAUCGAAACGGCAAAGGCACAGAUCGUACAGAGCAAACAGAAUCUGGUGCUCGCUAAGAAGAUUCGCAAAAACCGGAUGGAGUAUGAUAUGCUGGCGAAAACGAUAAAUCAGCAACCGGAUCGUAAAAAUACCGUACAGGAGCUGGAAUCGUUAAAGCAAAAUCUGGACCAGCUAAAGGAAAGUAGGGCCGAUUUGGAGCGGAAGCUGGAAACGAAAAAGAAAGAUUUCAGUGUGCUGAUGCGUGCGAUCGCAGAGCUGCAGAACAAGCUGGAUCCGACGAUGUCCGUCACGGGCACGAGCGUGUGCGAUGACGAGGCGAUGGACGUAGCGUCGGUUCCGGCUGCCGACGAAAAGAUGUCUUGCGAUGAUCCGUUGGCGCUGGAGGAGGAGGAGGACGACGCGGCCAGUUCGGACAAUGAUGAGGUAAUUCUAUCAUCGCCCGAAAAACUGACUUGAUUUAGCUGGGAGAGAAGUGAAUACUGCCGUAUUUUGUGUGUAAUAAUUGUGUGUCACGAUUGUAAUAAACACACACACUUUUGUAUGUAAUAUAUAAAUUUGAGCCACAUUAAAAUUACCUUUUUUUUGUAAUA